AUGUCUCAAGAUCCCCAGGCCCCUCUUCCGAGCUAUUAUGGUGAAAAGACUCCCGAUGGGCGCAUCGUCAAGCGCCCUUCAAGUGAGCUCCCGGAUAUGGCGCCGAUGAAGUCCCCUCCUCCUGAACAACUACCUUCCUCGGGCGCCCAUGCCAUUGUCCCCGAAGUCCAGUCACCCUCGGAAAUCCUCUCUCACCAGAAUUCUUUCACUGGUCCACGUAAUGCUGUUCAGCGUUGGGGUCCUCUGUCGGAUCCUCGUGCCAGUGAGCAUGCUUGGAGGAGCACCCCCAGCAAGCGCCGGCUUAGAGACGAGUUCUACUACCCUGACUACAAUGGCCCCGAGCGCAUCCCAUACUACGAGUACGAUGAAGAACUUCCUCUCCGCCGGAACGGUACCGCUAGUGCCCGAUCCAUGAGGGAGUAUCCUGGUGCCGGUACUUUGACCUACCGCAACGCUGCCUACUCUGAGAGGCCCCACGACUCCUCCUCGCCUCCCAACCCUCGUAUCCCACGCCAAAACUCUGAAAAUAGCUAUGACUAUCCUACUAGCCCUGGCGGCGGUGGUGUCCGUGGGCCGCCUUCGGACGUUGACAAGGUCAUGCGCCUGCCUCUGAUCUGGUGGAUGCAUAGCAAUGCCAAGAACCACUUUGUUGCGGCACUUGGCGAGUUCGUUGGCACCUUUAUGUUCCUCUUCUUCGCCUUCUCAGGGACGGCCGUUGCAAAUAUUGGAUCUCAGAAUAACGUACAGAACUCUACCACUGGCGAAUCCACUGGCUUUGACGUUGCCACUCUGCAAUACAUUGCACUUGUGUUCGCCUUUUCACUCAUGGUGAACGUCUGGAUCUUCUUUCGUAUUAGCGGAGGGCUUUUUAAUCCUGCCGUCACUUUUGCUAUGGUCAUUGUCAAGGCGAUGAAUAUCCCCCGCGGUCUCCUUCUCGUCUGUUCUCAGCUUGUAGCCAGUAUAUUCGCCUCAUAUAUCGUGUCCGUUCUUUUCCCGACAGAGUUUAAUGUACGAACCACACUCUCAGACGGCACUUCGACCGCACGAGGCCUCUUUAUUGAGGCAUUCCUGACGGGAGAGCUCGUCUUUACCAUAUUCAUGCUUGCAAAGGAGAAACACAAGGCUACCUUCAUCGCGCCCGUCGGUAUCGGCCUCGCCCUGUUCAUCGGCGAACUCGUCGGGGUCUACUACACCGGAGGCUCGUUGAAUCCCGCCCGGAGCUUCGGACCUUGCGUCGUGAACGGCCAGUGGGAUCCCGAGCAUUGGAUCUACUGGCUCGGACCGGCACUAGGAGCCAUCAUGGCCGUGCUAUUCUACCGCUUUAUCAAGAUGCUGGAGUACGAAAUGGCCAACCCGGGUCAGGAUGCGGUGCACGAGGAAGAGGCCAAGCAGGAGGCAGAGUCUCUCAAGAACAAGGAGAGCAAGAUCUCGCUGGCCGCGCGCGAGCGCGCAAACUCCCUCGCGCCGCCCAAAAAGCGAUACACCGGCGAUUGA